AUCGGUACACAUAAGAAAACAAAAAUCAAAGUAAUAAAAAACAAGCUCAAGCAAGUUCAUCCAAGAAGGCUUUUCUUGAUCCUCAAAAACUCCAAUUCUUCCUUCCCAUCAAUCCCUUCCAAAAAUUCAAUCAAUCACCACCUCGAAUUUAAUCCACAGAACCAAUAUCUCAAAACCCAGAAAUUAAAAUCAAGAAAAAGCAUGGAUCAGAGCAGGAGAGCAGUUGAAUCAUACUGGAGAUCAAGAAUGAUAGACACAGCCACUUCUGAUGAAGAUAAAGUGACCCCUGUGUAUAAGCUUGAUGAGAUUUGUGAACUGCUUAGAUCUUCUCAUGUGGGUAUUGUGAAGGAGAUUGCUGAGUUUGUGUUCAAGAGACUUGACCAUAAGAGCCCAAUUGUCAAACAAAAGGCAUUGAGGCUUAUUAAAUAUUCUGUGGGAAAGUCUGGGGUGGAGUUUAGGAGGGAAUUGCAAAGAAAUUCAGUGGCCAUACGCCAGUUGAUUCACUAUAAAGGUCAGCCAGAUCCUUUGAAGGGAGAUGCAUUAAAUAAGUCUGUCCGUGCCACAGCUCAGGAAGCUUUAUCAGCCAUGUUCUCGACUGAUGAUAAUAAACCAGCACCUAGUGAUGAUCUAACUCAACGGAUCCAAGGGUUUGGUAGCACCAACUAUGAAAUGCCAUCGGAAGAUAAGAAGUCCUUCUUAAGUGAAGUGGUUAAUAUUGGAAGUGCGACGAUAAAGCAAGGCUUGAAUAGCUUAUCGCAAGCUCCUGCGCAUAAACGAAAUGAAACUGGUAGCUAUCGCAGUCCGAAUCUUCGAAGGUCAUUGACUAAUGAAACUGAUUACUCGGACCGUUAUGAGGCUGAUGAACAUCGGACUGACACUCAGCCUGGUUCUCGGUUAUCUCACAACAUAUCUGGUGGAACAUGGGCCCAAGAUCUCAAAACUGUGGAUACAGCCAAUAGUAGCUCUAGCUCAAGUCAUUCUGAAAGCAAGACUCGUGAGGAGAGGUUAUUGGAGACCAUUGUAACAUCUGGUGGUGUUCGUUUACAACCCACGAGAGAUGCCCUCCAUCUUUUUCUCGUACAAGCCUCAAAACUGGAUCCACUGGCUCUUUGUUAUGCCCUUGAAACAAAGCUUCAAUCACAUUCUUGGCAGGUUCGUGUGAGAGCUGUAUGUGUACUUGAUGCUAUAUUGAGGAAAAAAGAGGAUGAAAAUUUUUCUGUUGUUGCAUUUUAUUUCAGUGACAACAAGGAUGUUGUGGUGAAAUGUUGUGAAUCACCCCAGGCUUCUCUGAGGGAAAAAGCAAGCAAGGUCUUAGGACUUCUGGAAGGAGAACAAACUGGCAAUACAGUCGGUAAUCCAGAAAAGCAAUUGAAGGUUGAGACAGCUGCCAUUCAGAUGCCAGAUUUAAUUGACACCGCUGAUUCAGAUGGUCCACCGAUGCAUCAAAGCAUUGAAGCACUGGCAACACCUGCCACUCCUAUAGUUGAUCUGUUUGGAGAUGGUCCAAGUACUGCUGUGAGCACCAGUGAGCAGAAGAAAGAUGAUGACCCUUUUGCAGAUGUCUCAUUUCACACCAAUAAUGAGAAAGAACAUGUGGACGACAUCUUUUCUGGAAUGACUACCGGUAAUUCUGGUACUGUUGGAGUUAAUAUGACACCUAAUCAAAAUGGAGCUGAGCUAUUUGAUAUAUUUGGUUCCAACUUGGAGACCUCUGCUGAACAAGUAAAUAACAAAAAAGAUGUUAAUGACUUGAUGUCUGGUCUAUUCAUAAAGGAAAAAGAUGUGAAGCAGCAAGGGACUUCUUCAGAUGCACUCUCUGAAAACAUCUUUUCAGUUCCCAGUACAAAUCUGAGCAAUCAAGUCACUACUGAUACAUUUAAUAAAACAUACGGUGCUCAAAUAGCUGGAACCAAUGUAAAUCCCAUGUUUCCUGUUGGCACCGUGCCAUAUAAUAUGUCCCCUGGCAUAAUGUAUAAUACAGCAAUUCCUUCUCAACCGAUAAAUUAUGGAGCCAUGGGAAAUUUACUUGCUCAGCAGCAAUUCCUAGCAACAAUGUCUAACUAUCAGCAGCUAGGCAACUUGCACCCUCAAAAUUCUGGUUUUAGUCCGGCUUUGGAAACUCAAGGAGGUGGAUAUUCUUCAGCUCUUCCUGAUGUUUUCAAUUCUAGCCUUCCGGUUCAGACUUCUACCUCUGUAAUGAACGGGUCAAAGAAAGAGGAUACCAGAGCUUUUGAUUUUAUCUCGGAUCAUCUGGCAGCAGCCCGUGAUACAAAAAGGAUGAUUUGAGUUUCUCUUGGUCGUGAGUUUUUUAGAGCAGUUUUUCCAUGGUAAUAAAGGUCUAUAUCUGCUAAGAUUAAAUAUUUUUUGGAAAUGGUGUCAUGCUUGCAUUUUAAUGAAUUGUGUAGUUUAGUGCACUGUGUUUCUUUAAUAGAAGAGGGAUAUAAAUAGCAGAAAGAGAAUAUGGUUGUACAAUUUCCUCAACUUUGUGAUUCUGUCAUUAGGGUGAUCAAGUUUUUCUCGUUUCCUUUUA